UGUCCCGGGCCACUCUCACGGAAGCACGUCGCGCCAGCCUCUCGUCGCCCGGCUCGCGUGGCCACCCGUGCUCGUCCGUGUCGCUCUGCACAGCCACUCAGUGGUCCGCCAGGGUAGAGGUGUGCGUGCCCCGCGUAGCGACUCGUGCCCGGUGCUGCCUGACCUGCUGUUGCGGCGAGACAGGUUGCAGGUGACUUGUUGUUCCCCCAUGCUACCCGCGAGCGAAGGUUGUGCGUGAGGAAUGCAGCGCCGCGUCUACCUCGUGUUGUCAGGAUGAUCUCUUAAUUAAAGUGAGGGAUUUGGAAUAAGUUCUCUGAGCUGUACGUACUUGCAGGAUAAUUGUGUGCAAGGGAAACGAAGAAACUAUACACUACAUACGCCAUAAAAGUAAAGAGGAAAGGUACGGUGGAAAAGUUACCUGUGUGUAUUCAUAGAAAUUGUUAAUCCGAGCGAGACUCAACACCCACGCCUGCUGCUGGAAGAGUCAAGCACAGCCACGCCUGGUGGAGACUGCAGGCGGCGAGGCGGUGGCAAGCAGCUGGUGGGGCGGCAGGUGAGGGCCAGGGAUGGGCCAGGUGCUGCGUGCCCACUGACCCGCCCCGCCCCAUGAUGCCCGUCGCAGGAGUUGUAUCGAGGGAAACCACCAUCACCACCACCUCCACACCAGCCGGACACAAUUAUCUCGUUCAACACAGAUGAGCGUUGAGUGUGAUGGGCUGGGGGUGGCGGCCUGCGGAGUGCGGUGGGUGUGGCAGCCCUGCGCUGGUGUGGGCGUUGGUGUUCGUGCUAGCGUGGGCUGUCGCGCGGGCGGGGCGGGUUGAGGGCUGUGACAUGGGUGAGCUGAGGUGCCAUGAUGGAAGCUGUGUCUCUGCCGACCAGUACUGCGAUGGCGAGGCGGACUGUUCAAAAAACGAAGAUGAACCGGCCCACUGCACGCAGUGCAACCGCCUGUACUAUGGCACAGUGGGCAAAACGUACGAGCUGCAGGUGCUGUGGCCGCUGCAGACCAAGCGAGCGCCGGUGUGCAACCUGACGCUGGUGGCUGCCGGGGGUCCACAUGGAGACCUCAUCCAGCUUGCCUUCCACAAGUUCACGCUCGGCAAACUCAAUUCGCACACUGACCAGGGCUGUCCACACGGCCACAUGCAGAUCAUAGAGAACCAGCGCAUCUACAGACCCGGCUUCUGGUGCGGGGACGGCCUCGGGCUGCCCAUGUACUACUCCGAGACGCCCUCCGUGUCCGUCAUCAUCUCGCGGCUCCCCACAGACGACGACCUCACCGCCCUCGACGACUUCCCGAGUUUCUACGUCAAGAUGUCGUACAAGUUCCUGCGGCGAGGAUCUGCUGUGGUGCGCUACGGGAUGGAGGAGGAGCCCAAGUACCUGGGGCUGAGAGACAAGACCACGGUGUGCAACGCUUUCUUUUCCAACUGUGACCAGCAGCCGUGUUACGUCCAGUCACCGAACUUCCCUGGCAUGUAUCCGCGCAACACCACCUGCUACUACCACCUCAAGCAGACCAAGGCGCCGCCCGGCAAGCGAGCCAUCAUAGCGCUCAGCCAAGACGACGGCCAGCUGGUGCACAUUAAGAGUCAGGCGCUGCCCCACGACACAGCUGAGCGCCACCUCAAGCUGUACGAGGACUGCUAUUACGUGGGGGACUAUGUGCGUGUGUACGACGGCAACUCCACCACCUCACCCGUGCUGGUCACCUUCUGCCGCGGUGACAUUGUGCCAGAGAUCGUGUCCUCCGGACCGGACGUCCUCAUUGAGUUCACCACGUCACCCUUUGACAACCCGAACCACGAGAUGCCGUGGACACAUCUGGCAGGAUUUGAGCUGAAAGCGGAGACUCGCUUCAUCCCGCAGGACUCUAUCGGGGAAGACUGUCGCGUUGUGAUCCGCAGCAGUGACAACAGCAGCGGCUGGGUGGAGGGCGCCAGCCACAGCGUGCCGCCCAACACCACCUGCGUGUGGCAGUUCCUCGGCUCGCACGGCCAGGUGGUGUGGAUCACCUUCGUGUACUACACCAGGACCACACAGCUGGCCAAGCUGCAGGGCAAGCUGUGCACCACGCAGCUCACCAUCGCAGACGGGGAAUGGCCGGAGGGUACGCCCAUCGCCCGCCAUUGCCGUGACUCUGAGAUGCGCACUUGUCACCGAGCGCGCCGCCUGCGGGACGACGCCACGGUGCGUCCCUGCGACAGGAACGAGUCCUACGUGUCCACUGGCAGAAACCUCAGCAUUCAGCAGCUGUUUGAGGACGGAAGUAUCGUCACCAAAGUUUCAUUUUUGCUCAGGUAUGAGUUCGUAGACCGUCGCCAAGCCGGUGAGUGGGUGGAGGACCCUUGUACCCGCGUCAUCCGCAGCGACGGUGCAUCACGCGGCAGCUUUUCCUUCUCGGCACCACGGGACGUGUUCUUGUACGGGCGCGGCGGGCGGUCAGCAGUGUCGUGCUCGUGGCGCCUACUGGGGGCGCCGGACCAGGUGGUUCGCCUCACCAUCACCAGCUUGCAGACGGGGUCAUCAGGAUGCCGCAGGGAGGUGAACCGCCAAACCAAGGCGCUGCGCUGCCUGGCCGGCGCUGCCACCCACAUGUCCCUGUCAGUGUCUGAGUGGCCGUGGGCCAACGUAGAGCUUCCGCUGGCCUGUGUAUGUUCCCAGGACGACAUUCCCCUGACGGAAGUGUCCCACGGGCCAGACCUCACCCUCAACAUGACCAUCCGCGGCAUGCUCACCCACGAGGACUACAUGCACUACUCCUUCAACGCCACCUACGAGUUCCUGCAGGCGCCGGGGUGCAUCGGCGCCACCAGGGUGCUGAAGGGCGCCGCGGGGGAGGUUGUAGCCUCUUCCUCCUCAGACACCAAGACUAAAUGCGAGGGGUUCCCGUGGCUCCUCAAGACACCGCCCAAACACGCGCUCUUCCUCACGCUGCCCCGCGCCAGCCUGGACAACGGCACCUGUGCCUCCGAUACCAGGCUGUUUUUUCACGUGCCGGGCAAGGCAGACCCGGUGUUGGGCGUGUGUCCCGCGGCAGACCCCGCCGCUACCAUCACCUUCUUCUGGCCGCCUCAGUCACUGGGGCAGCGCGCUAUCAGCCAGUCACCCCCCGCUAUUGAAGACACAGACUCAGCAGUGCAGAUUGGGGAGGGUGAGGUAGAGGAAAAGUCCUACACACAGGAACUGGACCUGCGGGAGCCCAGCGGGCACGGGUCCUCGCUGGUGGUAGCAUGGCAGCCGCGCAGCGCCUCACAGCUUCGUCUGCGCUGGCUCACCACCUGGAUUCCAGAGGAGAGCGAGGGCGUGGGCUACUUCCCUUACUUCCACACCGAGGGCCCCGGGGGCUGGCGGGACGAGCACAGUCAGCUCAACUGUAAGGAGCUGUGCCCAGAACUGCACGCCUGCAUCCCAGCAGAGCUUUGGUGCGACGGCAAGCAGCACUGCCCACAAGGCAGUGACGAGACCGUGGCCAACUGUCUGCUGGAGCGCAUCCCGUGGCUGUACCUCACCAUCGCUGGCCUCACGCUGCUCACUCUGCUCUCCAUCACCGUGUCCGCCGUGAGCCGCCACCGCCAGCAGAAGGCCAAGAAGCGGCAGCAGGACGCCAGGCGGGUGUCCACGCAGGAGUCGAUCCUCCCGCCGAAGGAGAAAAGCUUAAGUGCCUAUGCCCUCGACUACACCGACAUGGACUUUGAAACGACCGUCUGAGGUGCUCGUUGCUGUCUUUAAAUCUCUCUCUCUCUCUCUCUCUCUCUCUCUCUCUCUCUCUCUCUCUCUCUCUCUCUCUCUCUCUCUCUCUCUCUCUCUCUCUUUUUUAAGGUCAGUGUCCAGUCGGCGCUCUUCUACACAUUGUGAUCUCCUUUGCGAUUUUGUACAUGACUGCGUGCGACACCCUUACUGUACUCUCCCUCUUUCAUACCCCCCAUCAUCCAGCCCUCCUCCCGCCCGCUGCCCCUUCAGGUGUAGCGGGAAGAGCGUGUGGUGCUUCAUAUGUUUAUUACCAGUCUCGCUGCCACGCUACAACAUGUCUCUUUCGCGUGCCGAUUCGCCUUCUAAGCUAGUCUAUCAUUAUUACAUCCCAGAGACGUAAAUUUUAUCGUGCUUUUAAUUAGAUGAGUAAAUGGUAAUAAUUAACUAAUAAAAAAAACGGUAGAUACUCGCCUCAACAGAACAUAUCAUUAGGCAAUACUAAGAAGCCAGUCUCCAUGGGCGUGUUGGUGGAGCGAGGGCGUGUGGAAGGGUGGAAAAGUGGAAGGGAAGCGCCGCGCCCCAGGGAGGUGAAAGAGAGGAAGGGAAGGAAGAAGAAUAGAGGGAGGAGCAGCCUGGAGGUGGUCAUCAUGUUCUGUAUUGGUGCCCUAACUCUCAUUAUUACCUUAGUAUCUGAUUAACCUCUCUCUCUCUCUCUCUCUCUCUCUCUCUCUCUCUCUCUCUCUCUAAAUCACACGACGUACCCAACUUCAUCACCACCACCACCACCUCCACCACCAACACCGCCAUCGCCGCUAACAGAAGUCCAGCCGCUGCCGUUCCAAGCAUCAAGCAGUACACGAGAGAGAGGGAGAGGGAUCACAGGGAGAGGGAGAGGCUGCGCACUACUACAGCUACUCCCUCAGCCACACAACACCCACCACUCUGCAUCUCAAAGGCCACCAACGCCACACCUGAAUUUGCAAUGGGACGAGUGGGGGAUGACCUGACCUAACCGGAUGCAGGCUUAUUCGGACCUUAGCUUAUUCGGACCUUGGCUCAUUCGGACCAACUUCGGAUCCAUGUUCUUGCUCAUUCGGACCCAUUUUGUAGUUGAUUCGGACCCAUGUUGUAUCUGAUUCGGACCCAUACUGUGGUUGAUUCUUACAUUUUUUUUUCCCUGUUUGGCAUUUGAUGAGGAAACACACCGAUAUAUGAAAGGUAUGAAAGAAAGCAGGUUAACACAGUGCAAGGGCGCCUCAGGAGACUAUGGGAGGAUUACAAUGAAGAAAAUAACAGCUGGUCGGUUACUGAAGAAAUGUUGAGGCAUACUGUAAGGUUCGGUGUAAAUUAAAUGCUUUCCUAACACUUUAUUCAUUAUGCAGUUUUUACCUUUCUAUUUUGUUUACUUUACAUUAAUCAUUUGAAAUUACUUUAGGAAAUUUCAGUUUUAUUUGUAGUUUUAAGUUUUCAAUAGAAUAUUUUAAUUAUUUUAGCAUUUUAAUUUCAAGUACUUUUUAGCUAUUACUUUACAUGUUAUAGCUUAAGUUUUAGAUGAUAUAUUGUAAUUAUUUUAGCUACUUAAUUUCACGCAAUUAUUUUGUUAUUACUUUACAUGGAAUAUGCAUUUGAAACGUUCAUUAAAUGCAUUGCUUAUUUAUUUUCAUGUUUCAAUCUCUUUUCCUUUUUUAAUAAGUUACCAUUACUUUACACGAAAUACGCAUCUAAAACUUUCAUUAAAUGCAUUAUUUGUUUACUUUAUUGUUUUAAUCUCUCUUCAGUUUUUAAUAAGGUCCUAUUAAACCAGAAAAAGGUCUGAAUCAGCUUGAAUGAAGGUCCGAAUUAGAUGGGCCGUAUAAGCCAGGUCUGAAUCAGCCAAGGUCAGAAUAAGCACGCACCGACCUGACCUGCCUCCGUCUAAGCUUCCAUGUCCUGUGGUUCGGAUCUUGCCAAGCUAAUGUCGUGUUUCCUGGUUGUACAGAGUCGUAGUAGCUGUGAUGUGUGGGAUUAGAGCGUUGCUACUGUCUCUGAGGAUUGUAUUCUGUGACACUUCUGCGCUGAACCAACCUCCUCCAUUACAUUAAAAAGGUUCUAGUUGAAGUUGCAAGGGUUUUUAAUGCUUUUUUAUAGUUCCAGUGGUAGAUCAAUAAAAUUUCUACGCUGUUAACAAUAUAAAUUCACUUGAAAACCCAGCUAAUCGUCUCAGUACCUUAGUAGUGGUGAUAGAACAGAGCGUUUCAGAAUACAGGUCUUGUGAAACACAUAAAGGGACGUCUUGUUUGUCAACCACAGUAUUCCCUUCAGUGGCGGCGCACUAGUGAAUCGAACAAGACACGUAAUUAGUGAUCUCGUUAACAGACAGGAAUAUACACACGGCACUUUCUUCCUUAAUGAGCGUCGGCAUUAGUUAUCACUCCAAUCAGUAACACCAGACGGCAGUGCCCACAAACAAAGGAAUAGGUGGCGCCAGUAGGUCUUCCCAGUAAAUUUGUGGCUUAAUCUUAAAAGUUAGUGGUGGCUGGAUAUAUUGGCAGAGGUGGGGCGCCGCGGGUCACGGGUGGGCCGAGCUAAGGCGAAGCAACACAUCAACAUUUUCCCUCCUAGAUGCCUCCCCAACCGCCGCCGCCGCCGCCGCCGCCGCCGCUGCUCCCGGCCCUCGCUCCACCACACAAAGUUUUCUCCUUAUUCUUUUCCUCAUCGAGUUUAUAAAAAUUUAAUAUAUAAUAUCUGAGGUCUGGCGGAGAAAUAUUUGGUAUAUGUGUAGAUUGAGGCUGUGGAGAGGAGACAUUGAGGCCGCGAUCAUCAGCUUUAAGGCGACUGGAGAUCAUUCCGUGUUUUCUUAUUUCCCUGGACGACGCGUGUGUCCUGUAGCACCUUUCACGCGGGGCUCUUCCCACCUCACGACUAACGAGACACCUGUCGUUACCUUCACUGUAGUGCUCGUUAGGUACCUGUGUGGCUCAUUGACAUUCCAAAUCAAAUUUCACAUAAUCAAAACGUUUCUGUCGAUUUAGCGGCUUUGUGUUUAGCGAUUCUUAGUCCUUCACGCUCGCCGACUUUUUCCGAAAGGGGACGAGCCAAUGAGACUGAAAGACACGUGUGUUUGGGGCGCGGCAGGAGCUCGGAUAUACGUAGAAGAAGAGACCCAUACUGCACCAUCUUGUUGACUAUCUCCUAUAACUGUCUUAUCUUGCUUAUUCCUGUGCUUAAAAGUCUCUCUCUCUCUCUCUCUCUCUCUCUCUCUCUCUCUCAGGCCCAUAUAUUGAAACAUUCUGCGCUCCACAACCACCACUGUCAAAAGACUCUCGUUAAAGUGACAGGUAUUUGAGGUUGUUUUUCCAUCUCUAGUGACAGAUUGAUGAGAUUUUUACACUACUACGGAAAAAAACAAUCGAGAAAUCCUGGUCAGUACUCGCUGUGGUCUUAAAAAUAGUCGUGGUGAGAGAGCAAAGCGUUUCUAAAUACGGGUCUUCUGUGUGUAGCUCCUUUCUAUGACUCGUGCUCUUGGCGUCUCCUUCGGCCUCACCACAGCAGGUUACCAACGAUCUAAGCAUACUAGCGGACUGGCCAGCGAGUGUUGGUGAAGAUGGAGGUGCAGGUGGUUUCCCCGUGGUGUCCUCGUGGGCGUGGCGCGGCGUCAACCCUUCCAGUGUACAUUAGGUCCUCGAAGGUCCCAAAGUCCUGCACUCAUUUACAUAUUGCAGAGGAGUAUAAAAAUUAAACUGUUACGCUACGGUCUUUCCCUGAUACAUUUCCCUUCAUUUGCUGCCUAUAUUUUUCCAGCAUUGCAUUCACUCCUUGUUUUCUUGGCACACCUGAGUCGAGGGGCUUCACGACGGUGCUGCAGACUGGUCCUGGCCACCGGCGGGCGUGGAGGCCGCCUUCAUGCCCUCCUCCAAGCCUCCAGACCUUUGACACAAGUGUGGACGGCAGGAUGUACCACAAGACUGCUCUGCCACAGUUCCCUCGUAACAUUAAUAGCCAUGUAUUACGUAAGGUGUCUCGUGUUUUCUGUCAGUUAUCAAAAGGGUAAUUUACUCAUCAACAUAACAACUUUCAGCUCAAAAGUAGUGAUCCAAUGUUCAGUUUUUUGUACUUUGUGGGAACACGAAAUUACCUUCUCGGAAUAUCACUGGAGGCGCACACGGGUAAUGACGUUCAAUGAGCUUAACGUUAGCACAGCACAGAGUAGAAAGGAACUAUUGUGAAACACCGCUGUGAACGCGAAGCACGAAUGAAAAACAAAACAAAACAGUGCUUGGAUUUACAUUCAAAGUGAAUGCAAUGAAAGAAAAGACUUUCAGUGAGUUCAUGACGGUGAAAUCCUGACAGACUGUCAGCAAGCAGGCGGAUCAGCUGCUGUAGUGAAUGAGAGCAAACGGUGACGCCCGCCUCCCGACGACCCCGCGGCGGAGCCCCACGGCGGGAGGACGCCCACAGCGAGGAUGAGGAGCAACACUGCGAAGACAAUCAUGAUGAGUAAAGAGAAGCAAACAGCAAAGUGAGUCCGUGCGUGGGGGGGGGGCGAGGCUCCCUGGCGGACAGCAGCAGCAGCAGCAGCACAGUGACGCCAGCCUCUAUCAGUGUGUUGGACAAGGAAUGUAUUGCAAUUUUAAUGAGUUUUAUACCAAUGCGUAUAAAUAGGGGAACAUUACCCUUAUCGCUUUAGUGCAUAAGGUUCAUAUUUUAUGUCUUCAAAGUGUUUUUAUCUGGUUUGCACUAAGUGUUGAAUGGUUUCCCAUUACAAUAUUAGUCACCACGGGAAGGUGACUCCCCCUCCCAGGCUCCCCACGCUUGGAUCUUCCCAAAGGAAACAAACCACUUUUGCUCACCAUUUGCCAAUGUAACAGCUUCAAUAUUUUUGUAAUUUAGUGACGUGUUAGGUGAUUGACAUUCAAUAGUUUGUAUCUCACGGACUGUUACUUCACCGAGGCUCUGCAGGAUCUCGGCCGCCGACACCAGCCACCACCGACCGCCGCAGUGCCGGCAGCGCUGCGCCAGACGUGUUUCCCUGAGUGUUCUCGGUGUGUCGACUCAACUCAUUAUGUCAGUAACGUGUAGGAAAAAAAAUUCCUUUUUUUGUCUCAUAAAUUAAUGGAUCAGGUGAGACUGGAGGCCAACCUAUAUAAUUUUUCUUUCACAUGUCUAAUGCAAGGAUGAUUGUUUUGUUCAGUUUCGUACUAGUGCCAGUGUUCAUGCGAAACGAGGAGGCGAGGUGGGCGUAAGCAGGUCACAAUGUUACUUCAGCGUCAAGUUAAUUGUAUGAAUGUGCUUCACCACAGUCUACGUGAACUGUGCAUGUCUUCCUAACGCAACACAAACAUCUCCACUAACACCACUUCAUUAAAACCACUUCACCAGACAGCGAGAAAAACGAGCAGAGAAACAAGCAUUCCAUUCCUUCGUGUCACUUCCCAGCAUGAGGCUUCAGGACGCGAUGUUUCCUGGCCACGGGUAACGAACAGGCGGCAUUAGGCGAGCGUCAGUGUGCAGAAGGGAGCCGUGGAGCCUGACAGUGACGCCGUGCUCUUCGCCACCUGCCGGACGCGGGUAAUGCUCCUCGCCACUCAUGAUCCCACACACGCACUCAUCACGCUCCCACCUCACUCACUUAACACCCCCACUGACUCUCUCUCUCUCUCUCUCUCUCUCUCUCUCUCUCUCUCUCUCUCUCAUCACCUAAGGCUACCCAACACCUGCACACCGCCACGCCGCCAGAAAUACCGCCGCGAUGGACAAAGACAUCCUCACUUUGAUCCGUGAAGUAGCGGCAAACCUUCCCUUCAUUUCCAGCUACGUGUUGUUAUUUUUGCACUGCCUGGACGUUGUGAGAGAGGCAAUAUGCAAAUCAAGCUGAUAUAUUUAUGGUUAGUUAUUCAGCUCAUUUAUUUCGUGUUGUAUAAAAAGAGCAAGGCCGCUGGAGAGGGAGAAAGGCAGCCUGGUCACGCUAAUCAGUGGCGCAGUUUAGUUCAUUAAGAGCAGGAAAUGAUGGAAUGCUAUUAAAAACCUGGCCAUUUACGGAAUAAUUAACGGAUGUGAGUUACAGAAAGGUUGCAGGACGAGAAGGAGAGGAUUAUAGUAAAAAAUAAGUAAGCAUUAUUAGAUUACCCCUUUAGAUUACAGAUAAGAAGCGAAAUACGUAAUUAAUCAUUCAAAUUAUGGACAGGUAAAAAAGGCAAGCUAUUUUGGAUAUUUUCAAAAGAAAUAAUCAAGACAAAUUUUUUGAAUGAAAGAGAAAACAAAUAACUUCCUUAAUCCUUACAAAAAAAUGUCAACAAUAACCUUUUUGAAUUAAUGAAAGGCUGUAACACCACUUUCAUAAAAUUAGUUUAGUCUUUCCUCUUUUACUGUUCAAUAUUUCUCUUAUCACUUGGACAGAUUUCACACUUUGAUCUCUUAAUCCCUUGAGCACCAUGACACGUUUUGAUAUUCAUUCUGAUGACUAUAUGGUGACUUUAUACAGCUAUAGAAACUUAUGUGGGGAUCAAAAAUAGUGAAAACUCUGACCAUUAAUCUUCUGACCUUCAUAAACUCUUCCUAAUGCAAAUAAAAUUGUCUAAUAAUCCUCAAAACUCAUGGUAAAAAUGCGUCCCAGUACUGAAGGGGUUAAAAUCACUAAGUAAUAUAAAACUGAUAGAUAAAACUAUUAUUUCUCUUUUCUUUGAGUGUCCAUCAAACUUUCAACCCUCUGAAUUUCUUAAAGGGACAACACACAGAAGUAAAAUAAUUAAAUAGUUGAAAAUCCCUAGACACUUCACAACUCUCGUCUAUAAAUCCUCAACACUGCUCAUAUGAGGAUAAAAACACUCGAGAUAGACCAGAGAAACAACAGGAGUGUGGCAUUUACGCUCACCAGGCGGCGUAGGGUGUGGGCAUUAUUAAGCUUGUUUCCUCCUUUCCAACAAGAGGCAGCGGGGAGUGCGUGGAGAGGUGCUGAGUGAGGGAGGAGUGAGUUAAGGCACCCUGCAUCACCAUUUGUUUCGCUCCUAAAAUAAAUGAACGGAGAAAGAAGAGGCGGAGAGUAAAGACGGCAAUGCUUUUCCCUUAACACACUUCUGAAAACGAAAAUAACUCCUCAUCAGUGACUUUAAAUCACUUCUCCUCCUCCUCCUCCUCCUCCUCCUCCUCCUCCUCCUCCUCCUCCUAUUCCUCCUCCUCCUUCAGUUCCUUCUUAAAAGUCAAUGUAACUCAUUUCAAAUCUUUAAUGAGCUUUGCCUAAUUCUCUUAAGGACUAUUCCAAGGCAGUGAUUUAGGCUCAAUUAUUGUUCCCCAGAUUUCAAAGUUACUCUCCCUCAGGCACCUCGUUUCUAUUAAUAUUAAAGAGGGUUUUUAUUUUCCUAUUUCUUUAAUCGCGUGAAAUUUGUGAAGUGGUUUUAUGGGUGGAAUUCUCUCUCUCUCUCUCUCUCUCUCUCUCUCUCUCUCUCUCUCUCUCUCUCUCUCUCUCUCUCGACUAUACAUUGAAGCACACUGGUCACGUAAAAAACCGCCACUAACAUGAAAAGCAUCAAGGAAAAGAGGAAAAAAAUAAAGGAAAAAUGAAAACUAAAAAGAUAAGGAGGUGAAAGUGAGAAAGAAAUGAAGAUAAAAGACACACCAACCAUUCUUUACACACACACACACACACACACACACACACACACACACACACACACACACACACACAAGGAAGAGAACACAAGCCACUACUGCCAAUAGAGACAUAAGAACCUGGCGCUAGUACAUGCAAAAACAAUAAAUGAUAAUAAUAAUUCAAUACCUGGAUAUUAUUUCAUUAAGGGUUACAAUUUCUGCUUUAUUAUUUUUUUCCUUGCCUUUUAUUUCUUUCGAGAUGUGAGUUGGUAGAUGACAUGGCAAAGGAUAUGGCCAAUGUACUCUCGCCUGCGUGUUGUUCCUUCCCUGCUCCCCUCCUACCAUGCCCCAUAUCCAUAACCUUUUCCCCCUCCCCAAGACACCAAGUCCUAAACCCACCCUGUAGUCAUUUAUCGAAGAAUUUAUCGGUGGAAUUGUAGAAGUUUAUCAGCAUUUCUCGAUGUAGUGAAUUCCAAAGGCUUUAUAUAACACCUGAAAUUUCAUGCCUCCUCUCUUCCUCUUCCUCCUUCUCUUCCUUACCUGGUCCCGUUCCUUAACUACUACACCUGGGUUUCUCCUUCCCGGUACAUUCAUUAGCUUCCCUUCCAUUUAAUACAGACGUACAUACAUACACAUCAAAAGGCUUUAUAUGAAAUUAUGACACGACUAUUUCUCCUUUCUUAUUUGUAUUUUUCCCCUGUCCCAAUAAUACACAGAUAGAAAGAGAUACAGACAGACAUACAUAUACAUACAACCAGGCAGACAUACACACACACAUACACACUCCCUGCUUCCUCUCCCAGUCCCCUCAGCCCCUCCUCUCAUCACUAACACAACCUACAAUGGGUGCCAAAAACAUAAUACUAGUCUAAUGAAACAAAAUAAUAAUAAUAAUAAUAUAUAUAUCUUAGUUUUGGGCAACUAUUUUUAUAAGAUUAUUUUUUUGCUCUUGUUCUUCCGGCGGACGUGUUUCCCUGGACAGCAUUGUAAGCAUAAGGUUUUUGCUUUGACAUCCCUCUCCCAGCCCAGCCCGGCCCAGCCCAGCCCAGCCCAGCCCAGCCCAGCCACGGUUCUGUGUAUGAAUUUCGUAUUUGUAUAUUUUUUUGAGUCUCGCUCCUUCCCUUCCUUGUAAGUUGAUGUCACUGUUCUUCUCCGUGUAUGGUUUCACUACCGGCAUCCCACACAAAUACAUGAAGUGUAACUGAAAUUUUAUACUUGUUUGUACAAAUAAAAAGAUCUCUUAUAUUUCCCAACAGAA